AUGCCUCAUGGAGGAAUUUAUAAGGGAAUUGGCUCAUAUCCACCUUACAAAUGGGAAACCUCCGAAAGUGCCCAUGCAGCCAACCCAUUAGCCGCUAUGCCUCUGGAGUUGUUUACCCUCUGGCAGCAGUAUCCUUGGAAGCUUGGCACCUUCAUGUGUUGGUUGCGUGGUGUGGUACCUGAAGCAACAGCCUACGCAUCGAUCCUCACCAUCGUGACAUUCAGUACGGAACGAUACAUAGCAAUAUGCCACCCGAUUCGCCAGCAAACCAAAUCAAAACUAUCACGUGCUAUCCGCAAUAUUGGCAUCAUUUGGGUGUUCUCGGGAGCAAGCGCCCUUCCUUACGCUGUGUUCACUCGUGUAAACUACGUUAAAACGAAAGGAGGAGUCAUCAUUGAGGAAUCCGCCUGGUGUGGAUUUCCUUUCAAUGAUCCUGAUCGCAGUUGGGAAACAUUAAUGUUGUGUUCCACUUUCCUCUUCUUCGUGGCUCCAAUCUCGCUGAUCACUGCACUCUAUGUGAGGAUCGCUCUGGCACUCCACCAAUCACGGAAUCUUCACCGUUCCACAUCGGAGAGCGCUCAGUGCCGGGCUGAAAGGGAACGCUCCAAGGCCCGAUCCAGAAGAAUGGUUGUUAGGAUGUUAGUGGCUGUAGUCAUCGCCUUCUUCGUGUGCUGGGCACCUUUUCAUGCCCAAAGGCUGCUCUUCCUCUACGUCUCAUUGUACAGCACUUGGACGGACACAUUGAGACUCAUCAAUCAGAACCUCUUCACUUUAGCAGGUUGCUUUUACUACUUCAAUUCGACCAUCAACCCCAUCUUGUACAGCGUGAUGUCUAACCGUUUCCGUGUGGCAUUCCGUGAAAAGCUUUGCGCCGGUCCACCUUCCUUAUGGUGUAUCUGCUGCUGUUUCUUCUGUUGCGUGAGGGACUUCGAGAAACGCAGCCAACAGACCCCAGCAAUUUACAGAAAUUCCAAUUCGCACAGCUCUGUACGAUCUUACGUCAGCUACAACCAGAACAAAAUGGCGGGUGUCAACAACAACAAUGUUGGCGGAGCAGCUCUUUUACCCAGACCACGCAGUAUGGCCGUUAAUUAUAAUGAAAAAUGUGGCGUCGUCACGACCUGGGUGAACAAUGAAAUGGACAUGGAUAAAAAAGUAGUCCGAUCGCCUAGCAGUUCUAGUCCCAGCAGUAGGAAAUACGGUCGUACUUUAACCGUCUCACCUCCUUUGACGCAUCGGCAUGUGGUCCGGAUUGAGUCCGGUUAUAGCCACAGCAGCGGAAGAUCUUCUUCUAAAUCUAGUGACAACAAAGUGGUGGAAUCUAGUUCCUCCGGCAAAGAGGAGGAUCCGGAAGAAGGCCAAGAACUCGACCUCGAAGUAGAAUUGGAUGAAGCGAUUCGACCAGAGUUAGACAAGCUAGAAGAAGCUGAUAAGAAUGAUUGCGUUAAUUGUACUAAUUGUACUCUUAUCUUCCCACCCAAAAGCAGAAAUGCUCCUGUCUGUUACGAAACAAUAGAUAGAACUUCCACAACAGAAGUAUCUCAGUCUGAUCAGAACGCCCCAAUGCUACCAGCACAAAUUGCAUCUAUCGUAUAAAUGGAGAUGAAAAUUAUUAUUAGAAAAUCAUUUUGACUGAUUUUCUUUAUAAGUAUCUGUUGAGCCAAUACGACCAAAGAACUUAUUAUUUCACAUCAUGUCUAGAACGAUGAGAAAAAUCAUUCUUUUUCACAGUUGAGUACACUGGUAUUCAAACCAGUUAUUCAAAAUACAAAGCAGAAAUAAUUAUUUGCACCAUGUACUGAUUCUUUAUAGGUACCAAGUUCAAUACGUCAAAUACAGGUUAAAAUAGCACCAGAAAUACAUUUUAAAACUUAUUAGUAACUAUUUAAAGUUUAAAGAAUAGCCAUCGAAUCGUAUUAUUUUUUUUAUCAGUUCAGAUAUCCGAAAUUAGUAGGAACUAAAUCACUAUAUUGCAAGACAUGAACUAUAUUUAAAAAUUUCUAAGAUCUCUUCUCACUCGUAUUUUCAAUGUUGGGAAUGUAAACCAACAAGAUUUCAAGUUUUGGGAAAGAUAUUCAGAAAGUCAUUGAUUAUUGCGAGAAUUAAGCAUUUUUUAAAAAUUUAUGAUAAUAGAAUUGAAAAAAAAAAUUCCCUCAAAAGUUGAGUGCUAAACAAUCCUGUGAAACAGCUUACAACGCAUAAAUUACAACGCAUAAAGAGUAAGCCUUUUCAAAAACAAGGAUAUAUAUAUAUAUAUAUAUUCCUUAAAAAAUCUUCGUUCAGUACAUAAAUUUUCGUGUAUUGUUAAAUUAGACAUCUACUUCAGCGUUGGCAAUAUUUAAG